CACCUGCCUUCUGAGUUUCACUUUUAAGUAUAUCACAAUGAGUGGGAGGUGAAUGUGCUGUUCUGACUGGAGCCUCAUUUUAGAGUGAUCCUCAGGGACUUGACUCUGCCUCCAAGUUGACAACAUUCAAAUCUUGGUUCACCCAAGCCAGAGACGCUUCCACUUUCCUUGGCUGCUCCAUCUCCAGUGCUCUCCCGUCUUUAGACACCUGCUAUGUGAUUGAAGGACACACCUGUGGCUGAGUGCGACCAAGAGCCUCCAUUUCACCCUAGAGGAGAGAGCGACAGCUCAGGUUGGCCUCAAACUGGAUAUCCUCCUGCCUCAUCCUCUUCAGUAUUUGCCUCCUGGUGUAUGGAAUUUCAACCUCAGGAUUCACAAGAGGUAGAAGAAGGAAUUCAAGGUCAUCCUUGGCUACAUAGCAGGAUGGUGGAUUGCCCAGGCUACAGUCUAUCUGGCGUAGCUGCCUCCUUCCUCUUCGUCCUGCUGACUAUGAAGCACCCAGAUGACUUCAGAGUGGUCGGUCCUGCCCUCCCUAUCCUGGCCAACGUUGGAGAAGACGCACUGCUAACCUGUCGGCUCCUCCCCAAGAGGACAACAGCACGCAUGGAGGUGAGGUGGUACCGCUCCGACCCUGACACGCCUGUGGUGCUGUACCGGGAUGGAGCUGAGGUGACUGGGCUAGCGAUGGAGGGCUACAGAGGCCGGGUAGAGUGGACGGAGGACAGCACUGAAGAAGGGAGUGUGGCUCUGAAGAUUCGACAGGUGCAGCCAGGUGACGAUGGCCAGUACUGGUGCCGCAUCCAGGAGGGAGACUACUGGAGAGAGGCAAGUGUGCUACUCCAAGUGGCAGCUCUAGGAUCCUCCCCAAACAUCCAUGUGGAGGGGCCCGGAGAAGAAGGGGUCCAGCUCGUGUGCACGUCCCGAGGCUGGUUCCCUGAGCCGGAGAUCUAUUGGGAGGGCAUCAGGGGAGAGAAGUUGAUGAGUCUCUCUGAGAACCAUGUGUAUGGUGAAGAUGGGCUGUUCUCUGUGGAAGACACACUGGUGGUCAGGAACGACAGUGUAGAGACAAUUUCCUGCUUCAUUUACAACCGUGGCCUCAGAGAGCCCCAAGAGGCCACCAUUGCCCUUCCAGAGAAACUCCAGACAGAGCUGGCUUCCUCGAGGGUAAUCGGACCUCCCCAAGCCAUCCCUGUCCGAGUUGGAGAGACCAUAGAAUUAACUUGUCAGCUCUCACCUCAAACGGACGCUCAGAGCUUGGAGGUGAGGUGGCUCCGAGCCCGCUAUUACCCUGUAGUCCACGUGUAUACAAAUGGGGCCCACGAGGCCAGAGAACAGAUGGCAGAAUACAGAGGGAGGACUUCACUGGUGACCGACGCCAUCCACGAGGGAAAACUGACCCUGCAGAUCCACAACGCCAGAACUUCGGAUGAGGGGCAGUACCGGUGCCUUUUUGGAGAAGAUGGUGUCUACCAGGAGGCCCGUGUAGAUGUGCAGGUGAUGGCGGUGGGUUCCACCCCACAGAUCACCAGGGAGGUCUUGAAAGAUGGAGGAACACAGCUGAGGUGUACGUCCGAUGGGUGGUUCCCACGGCCCCACGUGCAGUGGAGGGACAGAGACGGAAGGACCCUGCCAUCGUUUUCUGAGGCCUUUCGGCAAGGAAGCCAGGAGCUGUUCCAGGUGGAGACUCUCCUGCUGGUCACAAAUGGCUCCAUGGUGAAUGUGACCUGCUCCAUCAGCCUCCCUCUGGGCGAGGAGAAAACUGCACGUUUUCCUCUCUCAGACUCCAGGAUAGCUUUGUUAUGGAUGGCCCUGCCUGUCCUGGUGCUGCCUCUCGCCAUGGCUGUCGACCUGAUCAAGGUGAAACGGCGGACGAAAGACCAAAAACACAACGGCAAUCGGGAAAAUGACAGGAAUGGUGAAAGCCAAAGGCGAAGGCUUUCCUCUGAUGAUGAGAGGCUCAGAUAAAAAUGCAUCCCGAAAGCCCAGCGCACACCAUCUUUC